AUGUCGCAGCCGAGCGGUUCCGCAGAUCACCAUCCUCCUCAGGAUUGCCCCGCUAACACUGUGCAGUUCCUGCGUGGAAUGCGUGAUCUGCAAGCAACGGGCACCUUCCGCGAUGUUGUCCUGAAAGGCAGUGACGCGUCUUCGCAGGGUAUUCCUUGUCAUCGCAGCGUGCUCACCGUGCAGAUCCCUACUUUCGGGCUGCCUUCACGCACAACUGGAAAGAAUCCUGAACCAGUUCUCCUGCUGGCCAACAUCGACAACCGCACGUUGAAGGAGUUGGUGACGUACGCGUACACGAUGGAUCUGCGCCUGAGCGACGACAACGUGGUUCCCAUCUUGAUUUGGGCGCAGUUCCUGCAGAUGAUUCCGGUGGCCCGAAUGUGCUGGAAGUACGUGAAGGAGCGCCUGUGCUUGUCCAACUGUCUGGUCGUACACGCUCUGGGUUUUCACCACCAUAAUCCGCGUCUGGCCAGUGCAGCUCUGCACUUCAUCAAUCCUCAAUUUCUCAGCUUGUCACACUGCCAGGAAUUCCUUCAGAUGGACGCGCAACAGCUGGCGGCGCUGAUCGCAUCCGAUAAAGUGGAGGUCUUCAAUGAGGAUCAAGUGUGGGAGGCGGUGCUGCGCUGGUUGAACUACGACCGUGCCGGACGAAUGGCGCACCUGGCCGCUAUCCUGCAGAAUGUCCGCGCUGCCUUUCUGAGCCGUCAACAUCAUAAGGACUGGCAGUCCGCCAUGACCGCCUGUGGACUGCCUCUCGGGCAAGGACAGAGGACUGCACCACGCCAUUCGUACGGGGCGCAGGACGUCAUCCUGUGUGUGGGCGGUUGCAAGAGCGAUUGCGACCACCACACAGCUGCCGUGUACGCCUUCGACCCAUCGAUCCCGGCCGUGUGGCGCUUGAAGGAUCUAGCCGCUGACGCCGAAGGCUGCCGCACGGUGCUGCAGGACGCGUCUUCGAUUCUGAUUAAGCACCUUGACGGCAUUCACACCGUGCGACGCAACAGGCACUACCUGGGUCUCCGUGAUGAGUGGCGCGAGGUGGCCCCUAACGGAGACGCCGCGCCGGGAGGCAGCGCUUGCCGUGCUGAAUGGUCGCGUUCACGUCUCCGGUACCGGCGAUAA